AUGCUGUCUAUCCUCAGAAAGGCGCGUCUUAAGGACAAAGAGAUGCGUAUCCUUAUGCUAGGCCUCGACAAUGCUGGGAAGACAACGAUAGUCAAAAAGAUCAUGGGUGAAGAUGUCAACACCGUGAGCCCAACACUGGGUUUUAUCAUCAAAACCAUCGAUUACGACGGAUACAAGCUGAACAUCUGGGAUGUCGGAGGCCAGAAGACGCUGCGCUCGUACUGGCGCAACUACUUCGAGAAGACUGAUGCGUUGAUCUGGGUCGUCGACGCUACAGACCGGUUGCGGAUCGACGACUGCAGAGAGGAGCUGCAUGGCCUCCUCCAAGAAGAGCGGCUAUCCGGCGCAAGUCUUCUGGUCUUUGCCAACAAGACUGACGUCAACGGAUGCAUGGACGAACAGGAGAUCCUCCAGGUUUGGAUCCGGACGCACCCUCGACGAGGUUCUGGACAUUUGGCUGACGUUUCUAUCUUGCAGGGGCUGCAGCUGGAGGCAAUUAGAACGCAUCACUGGCAUAUCCUACGGUGCAGCGCCAUGACAGGCACAAAUCUCAAGGAAGGCCUGGCUUGGGUCGUGGACGACGCGAAGAAGAGGCUCUUUCUGUACUAA